GCGAGCUAAGACCCCGGCCCUAGUCCCGGCCCCAGCGAUUCCAACGUGCUGAAAGAUGCCAGGGAUUGGUUCGGAGAUGAUGAGUCCCUUGUCAGGUAGGAAAGGAGAGCGUCAGUCGCCUAGCGUGAUCCAGCGGGGCCUGGCUUGGGGAUGGACAAAAGUAUCCGGCUGGUGCCACUCUUUAACCAGUGCCAUGGGCUCAGCACUCUUUGCGAUUUUAGCGGCUGUCUGACCGGGUGAUGGCAACCAAGGCGUUCUUCACGGUGGAGCGGCUGGACCGGGGAUGGUUUGGCUGCCGGACUCUCUCCGGUGCGUCCUCUGUUGCAAAAGUCUUAUUGUGCAGUCCCACUACUCCCUCGAGCGUCAGCAUUCUGAUACCUGGACAGAGGAAGCAGGCGGACGAGUCGACAUAUCAUGUGCUACGCGAGCGAAGCUAUGGAUACAUCGAAAACAACUCAAGCUUACGAGACUCGCAGGAGCUAAGCCAUGAGCACUUGGCUUCAAACCCAGACACUGACAGUCAUUUCCAGCAAACGAGGGCCCAUCCAAGGCCAGCUGGAUCCUACGAUCUGGAUCAAAUCAUCAAAGCAACCAGGCAGAAGAUAUGGGAACUCAACAAGUUUAAGGUGCAGAUCAUGACUCGUCACAGCACGAGAGGCGGCUCCCGUGAGCCGGACGCAGAAAGUCACGAUGAGAUAUGCUUGAAAGUUGAAGACAGUGGCUGCAUCUAUUUGUAGAGGUGGCACCGGCUGGUCCAAGGUAUUCGAUACCUCGAUCUGGCCAGCAAGCACAGAGCUUCGAGGCA